CCACUCUUUAAUUCUUUCUAUAAAUCUCCCUUCAUCUCUUCCUAUAUAUUGAUACAUAGGAAGAGAAAAAAAAAUAACAUUGAAAGUUGUAUUAUUCGUCGUAAAAAUCAGUCACUAAAAUCAGUUACAUGGCGGAUAAUCAAAGAAUUCACCCGGAUAUUGAGGCUUCACCUAGACCGUCGGCGCCGUUAGUCCCCGGAAACAUUGCGAAAUCCGAGAACGGCGAUCCGAAUAAUAGCCCUCUACCACCACCACUUCCUCAAAGAACCUUGCCAGUGAUGCAUUCAAAGCCACCAAGGAGAAGAAGAAGCUGUUGCUGUAGAUUCUUAUGUUGCACAUUCACAACACUCCUGAUUCUCAUCAUUGCCAUAGCAAUCACUGCUGGAAUCUUGUUCCUAGCAUUCAGGCCAAAGAUUCCAAAGUACUCAGUUGACAAACUCAGAAUCACAGAGUUCAAUUUCUCUAGUGGCACUAACAUUCUCUCUGUCACUUCCAAUGUUAGAAUCACUGCUAGAAAUCCAAACAAGAAAAUUGGGAUCUAUUAUGAAGGUGGGAGCCACAUAAGUGCAUGGUAUAGUGGUUCUCAACUUUGUGAAGGGUCUAUGAUAAAAUUCUAUCAAGGUCAUAAGAAUACUACUGUUCUUGAUUUGCCACUCAGAGGCCAAAUUCAAGAUGCAAGUGGAUUAGUUAGCAAGAUUCAGCAGCAGAUUCAAGAUACCAAUAAUAUCCCUCUAGAUAUUAAGGUCAAACAGCCAGUUAGGGUUAAAUUUGGAAAAUUGAAGCUUUUUAAGGUCAAUUUCAGGGUUAGGUGCAAGCUUGUGGUGGAUAGCCUUAGUGCUAACAAUGAUAUUAAGAUUUCAAGCAGCAGCUGUAAGUUCAGGUUUAGACUAUGAAUUUGGUGCAAAAGAUUUGAAGUCUUUGGAUUUGAGUUUUUUUAUUAUUAGUAGAAUAUGCUAUAGUUAUAUAUGUUACUAUUUAAAUUUGUUUAUUUUUUUUAUGGUAUAUGGUUUAGGAUUUUUCAUAAAGGAUGGAGGAUUAGAUGUAGGUUUUAUUUUUCUCCAUCAGUCCUGGUACUUCUGAUUCUGUAUUUUUCAGCCACUUCUUACUCGCAUGUAUUUUUUGUAUAGUAUAUAGUACUAUAUAAUAAACAUAUGGAUUUUCUUUUAUUUCUA